AUGUCGUCAGGCUCGGGGCCCGGCGGCGCGGGCUCGGGGGCGGCGCGGCGGCCGCGGGAGCCAGAGCACGAGCUGCGGCGGCGCCGGGAGCAGAAGCGGCGGCGGCGGGACGCGGAGCAGCUGCGCGAGCUGCGGCACCUGGAGCACUUUUAUGAGAAGCCACCUCCUGGGCUGAUCAAGGAAGAUGAGAGCAAGCCAGAAGACUGUAUCCCAGAUGUGCCGGGCAACGAACAUGCCCGGGAGUUCCUGGCUCACGCGCCCACGAAAGGACUCUGGAUGCCACUGGGGAAGGAGGUCAAAGUGAUGCAGUGUUGGCGUUGCAAACGGUAUGGUCACCGAACAGGUGACAAAGAAUGCCCUUUCUUUAUCAAAGGCAACCAAAAGCUAGAACAGUUCAGAGUGGCACAUGAAGAUCCCAUGUACGACAUCAUUCGAGAGAAUAAAAGGCAUGAGAAGGACGUGAGGAUCCAGCAGCUGAAACAGCUUCUGGCCGACUCCACCUCAGAGGAGGACGGGAGCAGCUCCGGGUCCUCAGAGAGCAGAGAGAAACACAAGAAGAAGAAGAAGAAGGAGAAGCACAAGAAAAAGAAGAAGGAAAAGAAAAAGAAGAAAAAGCGGAAGCAGAAGUCUUCCAAGUCAAGUGAGAGUUCAGACUCAGAAUGAGCUGGACGCCAUGUUGAGCACCUCAAGAGCCCAGCACUGAGGGCUGGACAGAGGGGACACAUGGAGAGCAGCUGUGCCAGCGGACAUCGGGUCUGUGGGGAUGCUCACCGCCUCCCAAAGGACACUGUGCGGUUUCCCAGUGCCAGGCCUCACUGGCGUCCAAUGGGACUUCCUUGAGUGUCCCAGAAACCUGUGACCUCUUUGCAGCCUCUGUGGGCAGCAGGACCAGGGGCUCUAGGUGGCAUUGUGGACCUGGCCUGCACCCUCCUGGUGGGUGGCUCAGUCCCAUGGCUUCAGGCUUGGCCGUCUGUGUUGUUGAGGAUAAUAAAAGCUUGUGAUUUAUUUUUCAAA